AGACACACAGCGCUCACAGCACUCACACAGCGCUCACACGGCGUGUGUACAGUGUUCUCGUCCCGUUCCUGCUGCGGUGAGGCACAGUCAUGGUGAGCGGCGUGCCGUCCGGGACCCUUGUGCUCGUCGCUGCGGUCGUGGCCCUCGGCGGCCUCACGGGGGGCCAGGACACCGAGUACCUGGACGAGCUGAGCUGCAAGUACAAAGGGCAGGUCUACGCCAACAAGGACGUCUGGAAGCCGGAGCCGUGCUGGACGUGCGCGUGCGACGCCGGCGCCGUGAUCUGUGACGAAAUUGCGUGCGUGGAGGUGACGGGCUGCGAGAGGGUGACCAUCCCCCCCGGAGAGUGCUGCCCCGUGUGCGAGGGUGCGAGCGAGGACCACAGCGCCAACGGGCGGAAUGGGGGCCGAGUCUACAAGGGUCAGAAAGGUGAACCUGGAGAGGUGCCGCUGGUGACGGGCAUCAGGGGUCGCCCCGGACCGAUGGGGCCUCCUGGUUCCCCGGGAUCCAGAGGAGAACGUGGCAGUAAAGGACGACCGGGUCCUAGAGGUCCCCCGGGCUACGACGGAGAGCCCGGAGUGCCAGGACAGCCAGGAGAGCCGGGCCCUGCCGGGCACCCCACACACCCAGGGGGUCAGCUGGCCUCUCACAUGGCUGGAGGCUUCGACGAGAAGUCUGGGAAGGCCGGACCGGUCGGCAUGGUAUCCGGAAUGAGGGGUGAAGCUGGAGCAAGAGGACCUCCUGGACCCUCCGGUCCAUCUGGGCCCCAUGGAAUGCAGGGACCUCCUGGAGAAGUAGGAGAGCCAGGCCCCAUGGGCUCCAGUGGUCCACGGGGGCCGGAGGGGCCACCUGGGAAGCCGGGUGAAGAUGGAGAACCAGGAAAAGCUGGAAACUCCGGAGAGCCCGGAUUCCCCGGAUCCCCGGGAGCAAGAGGCUUUCCAGGAAUGCCUGGUCUGCCAGGAUUGAAAGGUCACAGAGGACACCAAGGACCAGCAGGUUUAAAAGGGGAAUCAGGUGCUGUUGGAUCAAAGGGUGAAGCAGGACCCACGGGUCAGAUGGGAGCUCCAGGUCCUCAGGGUCCAAGAGGGAUGCCAGGCGAGCGAGGACGCAUUGGGCCUUCCGGAGCACCGGGGAUGCGUGGACCACCAGGAAAUGUGGGCAAACCAGGUCCGAUGGGUCCUCUGGGUCUCAGCGGCGCACCGGGAUUCCCAGGAAGCCCAGGUAUGAAGGGUGAAGCAGGUCCCACUGGAGUGCGGGGCCCCGAAGGCCCCCAGGGGCAGAGAGGUGACACAGGGCAACAGGGCAGACCCGGUCCCACUGGCCUGCAGGGAGCAGCUGGGACAGACGGAGGACCCGGAACCAAGGGUCCAGCAGGAGUGCCAGGUCCUCAGGGGCCUGUCGGUCUACUUGGACCCCCUGGUCCUCCAGGCCCUCAGGGAAGCACAGGGCAACCAGGAAUCAAAGGUCAAGCGGGAGACGUCGGGGUCCCAGGUUUCAAAGGAGAAGCUGGACCCAAAGGAGAACUGGGACCCCCGGGCCCUCAAGGGACCAUUGGACCCCAAGGCGAGGAAGGGAAGAGAGGCCAUCGUGGUGAUCCUGGGUCUGUGGGCCCUCCAGGUCCCCCUGGUGAGAGGGGCGCUCCAGGCAACAGGGGCUUCACUGGUGCAGAUGGCCUUCCUGGACCCAAGGGUGCACAAGGAGACCGAGGAACACCUGGAUCAGCUGGCCCAAAGGGCACUAACGGAGAUCCUGGGCGCACGGGUGAACCAGGCCUUCCUGGUGCCAGGGGACUGACGGGAGCCCCAGGAGUCCAAGGUGCUGAAGGCAAGCUGGGACCACUGGGUCCACCAGGAGAAGAUGGGCGACCAGGCCCUGCAGGAUCCACUGGGACCAGAGGACCACCUGGACCAAUGGGUUUGCCAGGACCGAAGGGAUUCAGUGGAGACCCUGGGAAGACUGGUGAACAGGGAACUCCGGGCUCUCCAGGGCAAAGGGGUCCACCAGGAAAAGAUGGUGAAGUCGGUCCAGCUGGUCCUCCUGGCCCUGCGGGUGUUGCCGGUGAAAGAGGAGAACAGGGGCCACCAGGGGUAAAUGGCUUCCAGGGUUUGCCUGGACCCCCAGGCCCACCUGGAGAAGCAGGAAAGCCAGGUGAUCAGGGAAUUCCUGGGGAAGGUGGACCUGUCGGUCCAGUUGGCCCGAGGGGAGAGCGUGGCACUCCAGGUGAGAGAGGAGAACUUGGUCCUCCAGGACUCCAAGGAUCCAAAGGCAUCCCAGGAGCCCCUGGGUCAGAUGGGCCAAAGGGAAGUCCAGGUCCAACUGGUGCAGUGGGUGACGUCGGUCCUCCUGGUCUUCAGGGAAUGCCUGGAGAACGUGGUAUCUCAGGACCCUCUGGGCCUAAGGGAGACAGGGGAUCACCUGGUGAGAAAGGAUCAGAGGGAACUCCAGGAAGCGAUGGUGCACGGGGACUUCCUGGUCCACUUGGGCCCCCCGGACCAAGCGGACCCAGAGGGGAGAAGGGUGAACCUGGACCACGUGGUCCAUCUGGACCCCAAGGAUCCAGAGGAAGUCCUGGAUCUCGUGGAGAACCGGGUCCCACUGGUGCUGUGGGAUUUGCUGGGCCACCUGGCCCUGAUGGUCAACCGGGGGUCAAAGGUGAACCAGGAGAACCAGGCCAGAAGGGCGAUGCUGGAUCUCCAGGCCCUCAAGGCUUAGCUGGUGCUCAUGGGCCUACUGGUCCAUUUGGGGUUGCUGGACUGAAGGGCGGUAGAGGAACCCAGGGAGCUCCAGGUCCAACUGGUUUCCCUGGGUCUCCAGGGAGAGUAGGCCCACCAGGUUCUGCUGGUCCAGUCGGACAACCAGGACCCAUUGGACCUCCUGGGAAGGAAGGUCCUCCGGGUAUUCGUGGUGACAAUGGACCUCCUGGUCGUCAGGGAGAGCGAGGUCCCCCAGGCCCCGCAGGCAGCCCAGGAGACAAAGGAGAUCCGGGAGAAGAUGGGCCACCGGGACCUGAUGGCCCACCAGGUCCAGCUGGAACCACAGGACAGAGAGGCAUCGUAGGUCUUCCUGGUCAGAGGGGAGAGCGUGGAAUGGUUGGACUUCCAGGUCCAGCAGGUCCUCCAGGAAAGCAAGGUGCCACAGGAGCCACUGGUGAUAAGGGCCCUACGGGACCUGUUGGAGCGCCUGGUGCAACUGGACCUCGAGGAGACUCUGGUCCAGAUGGACCUGCUGGCUCUGACGGACCACCGGGAAAAGAUGGAGUACCAGGCGCCAGGGGAGACCGUGGGGACCCAGGCCCUGAGGGUCUGGCUGGUGCCCAGGGGGCCCCAGGUUCUCUAGGUCCAGUUGGAGCACCAGGUGGCCCAGGGAAAAGAGGAGAGACAGGAUCAAGAGGACCAGUAGGACCUCCUGGCUCAGCAGGAAAGCGAGGAUUAGUAGGACCCCAGGGGCCAAGAGGAGACAAGGGAGAGCUUGGAGAGCAUGGGGAGAGGGGACAGAAAGGUCACAGAGGUUUCACCGGUCUGCAAGGCUUACCUGGACCACCGGGCACCCCAGGUGAGCAGGGAGCUCCAGGGAUCGUUGGACCCAGCGGCCCAAGAGGACCUCCUGGCCCUGUUGGACCCCCAGGAAAAGAGGGUUAUGUUGGACAGCCAGGCCCAAUGGGACCACCUGGAACCCGUGGCCUCAGUGGUGACAUUGGACCAGAGGGACCUCCUGGAGAACCAGGGCCCCCAGGGCCUCCUGGGUCCCCUGGCCCCCCAACAGCAGCAAUGGAGGACCUGUUUGGCAGUCCCCAGGAUUAUGACGCAGGUCCCCCGCCUCCUCCUGAGUUCAGCGAAGACGAAGCUCUUCCCAACAACAACUCGUCAGAUCUCCUCCAGGCAGACCCCGAGGUACAGGCCACUCUGAAAGCCCUGAGCGGGCAGAUCGACAGCAUGCGCAGCCCUGACGGCAGCAAGCAGCACCCGGCCAGAACCUGUGAAGACCUGAGGCAGUGCUACCCACUGAAAAAGAGUGGGGAGUACUGGAUUGAUCCCAACCAGGGGUCCCCGGAGGACGCCAUCAAAGUGCACUGUAACAUGGACACAGGGGAGACGUGCAUUUCGGCAAACCCAUCGAGCAUUCCCCGGAAGACAUGGUGGACUUCCAGCUCCGCAGAACAAAAACACGUCUGGUUCGGAGCCGACAUGAACGGUGGAGUCCGCUUCACUUAUGGAAACAAAGACCAGGCGCCCAGUUCUGUGACCGUUCAAAUGACGUUCAUCCGCCUGCUGUCCAAAGAGGCCUCUCAGACCAUCACUUACCACUGUAAGAACACAGUGGGCUACAAGAACGAAAAAACCGGAAACCUGAAGAAAGCCCUCAUCUUCAAGGCUGCCAAUGACCUGGAGCUGAAGGCAGAGGGAAACAACCGCUUCCGAUACACUGUCAUCGAGGACAGAUGCUCUGAGGCAAACGGUAACUGGGGGAAGACCAUCUUUGAGUACAGGACUCAGAAAACGGCAAGACUGCCGAUCGUGGACAUGGCCGCCAUUGACGUCGGUGGCGCGGACCAAGAGUUCGGCAUUGACAUUGGGCCGGUUUGCUUUGCGUAAGUCCAAGUGAACAGACGCUCUACAGCGAAGCCAGGGACUCCUGCAGGAGGCGCUGACGCGGACAGCCUUGUACCAAGGGUGUGACGGAAUGUAGUUUUCCAGGUAGGAAUUUUACUGCGUCCUCCACAGUUUGUGAGAGCAUUGAAAAUUUAACGUAUAAAGGAGAAUCUUAAAGGGAAAAUAACCUGAUUCAAGGAUUUUGCUGUUAAACUUGGCAUGCCAGUACACAAGUGUCUUAUCCAAUAAUCAAAGAAGAAAAUCUCAACAGUGAAAUCAGGCCUCGAGAAAAGGUUUGACCUGGAGAUGCUGAUGUUUGCAUUUUAUAUUUUGCGAGUUUUUCAAAAAGUGGAACAAGAAAGCAAAAGACAAUGACCCAUACAGGAAACGUUGUGGAAAAUGUCACAUUGGCAACAAUAUAAUUGGCAAACAAAUAAAUAAUUUUUCAUUAACUGCUGUUUUAAUAGCCUGAAUCAUGAUGCAAAGUGUCAUCACUGAGAAACAUUGAUUUUACUAUUACAUGUUGUUAUUUUCUGGAAAAUUUAAUAUGCUGUUUUUUUAACAUCCAGGCAAUAGUUAGACGUUAACUGAUGGUGCUACAGAAGAAAAUGAACUCUUCCGAGUGUGUUGGAAGGGUGGUCUUAUAUUAAACACAACCAUUUGUUUAUGUAGCUGAGUUUUCUAAAAUAUAUAAUUAUGUUUAUUGUUCACUGCCUUUUCUGUAUUUGCUUGGAAGUCAAAGAGCAGAGCAGACUGUUGGUUCCUCAGUGUAAGCUACCUCACCUCUAAGUACUGGGAUGCUUCAAUCACCUGUCAUUACCGUCACAGGUAUUGGAUUUAGGUAGGAAUUAAAGGGGGCGCCUGUCAGCGGUAGUCCUGGGUUCGAGUGUCCUGUCACCAGUGGGUCAGCAUGGUAACUACUACCAAUGACCUGGCAGGGGCGCUGAAGCCGUUUCUCUAACUGCCCCCAUGUCGUCUUUCGUGACGCACGCACCCUCCCCUUCCGACAGUCUGGCAUAAUUCUUCCGCCGCUCAUUUUUCAUACAUAUUUUUAGUGCCAUUUUUUUUCUCUUUUAAAGCAGAAACGCUACGAAUGACAUUUUCAUCAGUGUACUUUGUCACAUGUAAAAGAAAAGAAAUGCUUGCUAUCUGUAACAGUGUUGUCAAAUUGUAUUAAAACUUUAGGAUUAAAGAAUUGGGGUCAA